UUUGUAAAGUCUCGCGCACUACGAGACAUUGCGUGACAUUGUUGUCAACAGAAACAGGACAGCAAGACAGUUCUUGUAUAGAAAACAGAGAUUCUUUAGGUCUUUGAACGCUAAACAUGGAUGAAUUUCAGACCGGAGAAGAGACAGCAUUUGUCACAGACGAAGUUACCAACAUCGUGAAAGAGGCCAUUGAAAGUACCAUUGGUCCUAAUGCUUACCAACACAACAAAGUUAACCAGUGGACAUCAAAUGUAGUGGAGCAGUGUUUAAAUCAGCUAACAAAACUAGGAAAACCAUUCAAAUAUAUUGUUACCUGUGUAAUUAUGCAGAAAAAUGGCGCUGGACUUCACACGGCUAGUUCCUGUUUCUGGGACAAUGGCACAGAUGGCAGUUGCACAGUGAGAUGGGAAAACAAAACAAUGUAUUGUAUUGUUAGUGUGUUUGGCUUGGCAAUCUAAGAAAAAACUGAAAGAAAGGGAGAUAACAACUACUAAGGGAAACAACUGUUACACUACCUUGUGACUGUUCAAGGACUAUUGAACAACAAAAACUGUGACAAACUUCCAUUUUUCAUUCCUUUAUAAAUAAUUUAAGGGUAUAGGUAUGCUUUAAUAUUGAAAGCUAUUUAUGAUGUGUAUGUAGCAGUUUUCUUCAUGUAACAGUCAAUUCAAAAUCAAAUGUCAGAUGUAAAAUAUUCUAUUUCUGUUUUGGGUCGAAAUGAAUCGCCUUAUGGUUAAAAAUAUGUGGUGAAAAUGAUUUGUUGUAAAAAAAAAAUUUUAAGUUUUGCAUGUGGCAAUUCUAGUAUUGUCAGAUUACAUGUGACAGUUCAUCCAUUCAACAUUUCUGUGAUAAGUGUCAAAAGCCUGCAAGAGGAUUAGAAUCAAGAGUCUAAAUUUUAAUUAGGUUAUGAAAUAUCAAUGAAGAAUAUGUAUAUUUGUGUCAUGUGUAGAGCUAGCUAAUCACAAUAUACAUACAACUUUCAGAAAUUCUCAACGUCAUGCUUUUCUGUUUUUUGUUCUUAAAAAAAGUUUUUAAUUGUAAUUAAGGUAAUAUAUUUAUUACAUCAUUUGUACAGACUGUAUUGUACAUAAUGACAUAUAAUAGAACAAAAUAAAAUUUUGUGUUCA